CCCCACCAAUCAAAUCUGGCCAAUAUCCCAGAGUGCAAAAUAACAGUGUUACAUUGCGACUGUUGGAAGAGGGCGGAGAGCUCCGGGACUCGAGCGCUGAGAUUGAACAGUCCUGACACCCAUGUUGACGUCCAACAUUUAAGGAGACAAAGGGGAGGAUGUCAGUAGCCGGACUGAAGAAACAGUUUCACAAAGCGAGUCAGUUGCUACAGGAAAAACUCAAUGGGGUCGAGGGAACAAAGCUGGAUGAGGAAUUCCUCAUUAUGGAAAGGAAAACUGACAUUACCCACAAAUUGAUUCUUGACCUUGUUCCAAAAACUAUAGGAUAUCUUCAGCCCAAUCCAGCAUACAGAGCAAAACUCAGCAUGCUCAACACAGUCUCCAAAAUCCGUGGAAAGGGAAAAACUGUUGGCUAUCCACAGACAGAGGACAUUCUGGGAGAUUGCAUGCUGCAUUAUGGCUGUGAGCUUGGAGUUGAUUCUGGAUUUGGUUUUGCUUUAACUGAAAUGGGGGAGGCACUGAAACAAGUAUCCCAGGCAAAGGACAGUAUGGAUGUCAGAGUGAACCAAACCUUUAUUGAUCCUCUGCAAUCGAUACAGGAGAAUGAGCUGAAGGAAAUUAGGUACCAUCUGAGAAAGCUCGAAGGUCGGCGUCUUGACUUCGAUUUCAAGAAGAGGCGUAAAGGAAAGAUUGCAAACACAGAGAUUAAGAAGGCAUUCGAGAAGUUUGAAGAAUCUAAGGAUUUGGCAGAGAGUAGCAUGUUUAAUCUUCUACAAAAGGAUGUAGACCAGAUGCAGUAUCUCUCAGGCUUCAUCUCGGCAGUUUUAGACUACCACCAAGAAUCUUGCCAGAUACUAGAACAUCUCAGGAGCAGCCUGCAGACCAGAAUAACAGAUGCAAGCAAUCAACCCAAAAGGGAAUUUGCAUCGAAGUCAGUUGCAAGCACAAUGUGCUACACGGAUAUUUAUGGAUUGUCCAACUGCUCAUCAGGACAGUCGCCAGGGACAGAGAUCACUGAAGCCUUGAGUGAAAAAUAUGCUCCUGUUGUGGUUCACUCUCCUGACAAGGCACAGAAUCCAACCAACAACUAUGAUAGCGGCCCCCCUUUUGAUCAGCCCUGCUGUCGGGCACUUUACGCUUUCCAGGCAGAAAAUCAAGGAGAGCUGUGUUUUAAGGGAGGUGACAUCAUCAUUCUGACCAGCCAGGUAGAUGAGAACUGGUUUGAGGGCAUGCUCAGUGGGAAAUCUGGCUUCUUUCCUAAAAACUACGUCAAAGUGCUUGUACCUUUGCCAUAGUAACAGCAGGAACGCACUUCAGCUGGACAGCAUGAACUCUUCCGGUUUUUGGAGAAACUUUAAGUUUUGUUGAAGGUUAAUAAAUAAGGCUCACCUAAGUCUAUGCUGUAUAUCCAUCACUAUGCAAAAAUCAUGUACCUCACAUUGUCUUUCUUUACUAUGUUUGUUAUGUUAAUAAUCUAAUGAUGCACUAUACUGUACAUUGGAGCUGCAUAAAUUUGCUGAUAUAUUGAAUGUAUUUUAUAGGCCUACAUUUCCGAAAUAUGUCAAAUUUUAAUGUGAUUAAAUAGAUUUCAGUGUGUUAUAGUCAUGGGUUAAAACCUGUGUAUAUUUUCUGUCUUUUUAACAGUUUUUAAAGUCUUAAAGUAUUUCUUGCAGAAUUGUUUAUUUUGCACUUGCUCGUUUUUUAAUAAAUCCAAGCAUACUGAA